GUUUUUAUGUUUUUUCUGACUGGUGAGCUUCCUCUUCCACCUUGUUGUUUUUGUGACCAUUUUUUUCCGCUUGGAUUGAUCUUCACGCCAGUGCGAACUUGUCUCAUUUCUCCAAAAAUCGAAAGAGCAGGUAGGUAGCCCCGCAUACUGAGCCACGUGCUCCUCAACUCGAUAUCAGUACUUUACAUCGAUUUUUUUUUGUUUUCGUGCUGCUGGUUGAGAAAAUUGCAACUCAGAGUAAGUACUAUUAUUACCGUCGGCACGUAGGUGAUAGGUUUGUUUCGAAGGUGAAGCUAAUUUAGGUCCCUGCUAGCAAGUUUUUUGUCUGUCAUUUCCAUGCGAUUUGUACAUAUUUUUGGAGCGCCAGCACAUACACAUCCAGAUAUUUUCAUGGUGCAACCUUGUUGAAGUCUUUGUCAUAUGUUUCCGGAGAUGUUGAAUGUUGGGAUCUUCGGAGGUUCUCUGUCCGGUUAAGUUGUAAUUUUCGGGCCGAUCAGGAUCAAAAUCGAGAUCCACACGUUCACUUUUGGUUUUUAAUUGUUUACCAUCUUCGACAUCUUCGGUCGACCAUGCCGCCGAAGAUGAAGGUGAACAUUCCGCCGAAGGGUGGGGCCCCCGGCGGCAAGAACACAGACGGUCCGGGCAAGGCGGAGGUGAUUCUGGGGAAGCGCAUCGACCGCGGUAUCAAGGAGUUUGAGGAGGACGCGCCAGGGUUUGGCGACGCCGACGGGCGACCCGAGGACCUGGACGGGAACCCCGAGCUGAAGGCUGCGAUCGAGUGGCUCGAGGCGUUACUGAACGACCCGAACAAGCGGUUCGGGAAGAACGAGAUGGCCAAGGUGGUGUACUUUCUGAACCGGUUCUACCACGUGAACUACGUGGCGCGGCUGUGCAUGGAGAUCAUCCUGAAAGUGCUGCAGUGGCCCUACUGCAGCCGGUUCGUGAUGCAGCGGCUGCUGACGCAGCUGGACCUGCACCUGCUGAUGGAGACCUUCCCCAAGCUGAUCCGCGUGCACGGGAACCGCAACCAGAAGAUGCUGGGGUACACGCUGGCCGUGAUGGGCUGCGUCGCCGACCUGGACGCGCGGCACUUCACGACGAUGGACAAGAACGGGCAGCUCUACUUCCACGUGAUCCAGUCCGCCCAGAACAUGUACAAGUCGGACGCGGUGAUGCUGAACACGCUCCUGUUCCUGCAGCGGUUGUGCGCCCCGUCGGCGGUGGACUUCUACCUGACCCGGGCCCAGAAGGCCGCGAUGAUGAAGCUGAGCCCCGCCCGGUUGGGGAUGCCGCUCCGGGAAACUGAGACGCAGCAGACCACCGAGGUGCCGGAGAACCUGGACGCCACCGCGAACGCCGGCGACAGUCCGACCGACCGCAAGCGCGUCCAGAUGCUGUCCAGUGUCGGCUUCGCCGACGAGAUGCUCACGCAGUAUCUGGUGUCCACGCAAACGGCGGGCGACAUCUUCCUCGGGAAGGUCCAGUACUACUCCUACGGGAAAACCGAGGCCGACUACGAGGCGAUCGGCGUUCGCAGCGGCCACCAAACGCAGCGGUUCGCCGCGGAAAAGUUCGUGGGGAAGCAGCUGGGGGCAAAGUACAAGGUGCCGCGGUUGCCCCGCUCAAACGUCGUCAGCAUGAUGCCGGGGGGCCGACUCCCCACGCCCGACGUUUACACACCGACACCUCUUGGCAGCCUGUCGGGGGCGGCGACGCCGUUGUCGAACACCUCCCGCAGCAGCGCGCGGACCCCGCUGCUGAGCGACGUGGACGAGCUCGCGGAGCACAGUACGAGCCUUGCGAAGGCAGGUCGCAAGACCGGCGCAUCUUCCGCUACUAAGGGCGGCAAAGGUGCUGGACCGGCGCCGAAUAAAGCCGCUGCUGGCGGGGGCACGAAUAUAAUUAAAGCUGCAACUGCUGGGUUGGAUCCUGCGGGAAGUAGUAAGGAGGACAGCGAGAUCUUGCCACCCGUUUCCGCGAAGGCGUCGUUGAAAAAGCAGGGAAGCAGCGCGAAGAAGGUGGGAAAGGCCAAGUCUUUUGCGAAAAGCCGAACGUCCACCUCACUAGAAGCAGCGCUCGGGUCUCCGGAGGACGAAGUGGAAGUGCCUCUGGUAUAUGAUUUGGACAAGGACGAAGCUGUGCCGAGUGAGGUCGAGCGCAUCCAGGAGGACCGCGAACGCAAGGCGUGGCUGGAUACCAAGCAGGCCACUCUGGAGUAUUGUGACUUCUACACGCGCAUUCGGGAUUGCCACCUGAAGAACCAGGUUCAGCUCUUUUCCUCCGGCGCCCUGGAGUGGUUGCUGACCGUACUGCAGCAGCUCGCCGUGCCGCCGAUCUACCACCGCGCGCCCAAGUCGGUCAAGACCAAAGAAGAAAAGGAAGAGGACGCGCAGCGGGCCGCGGAAAAGAAGGCCCGCGAAGAAGAGGCCCGUCGCCUUGCGGAGGAGGAGGAGCGGAAGCGCCUGGAAGCGGAAGAGGCCGCACGCAAGGCAGAGGAGGAGAAGAACAAGCCGCCUAGUAGCGCGGGGAAGCGGUCGCGUACCCCGCCGUCUGCGGGAAAAGCCGGCGGUUCCUCCCGCGGGCGCGGCCGCUCCCCCCCUCGCUCCGGUAGCACGGUGGGGAAAACAUUACAGGCGUCUGGCUCUGGAGGUGGUCUGAUCGAAGACGGCAUAGAUACCACUACCGGAUUGCCGGUGGACCCUGCAGCAGCAGCACUUCCGCAGGCAGACGCGACUGCGCCUGAGAUCGCGGACGCGGCGGAAAAUGCGGGGGAAGUAACAGGCUUAGCGGAUCAACAAGAGAACAAUUCCGUAUCGCAGGACGUAACCGGGACGGAGCAGGGCCAGGAGAGCAAAUCGAUUUCGCAAUCCAAAUCCACCGAAAGGGCAAGCACGCCGUCAAAACAGCGAACUCCACCAAAGACUCCGCCGAGCAGACAAAAGAGUCGCGAAACAUCUAGCCGACCCGGCACGCCCGGAACGCCGGCGGCCGGAAGUGCAAAGGACGCCGUCAUGGCUGCGCGACGCAGUGCGACCGCUGGCCAGCUGUCAGACGGCAUUGACGGCGACAUAACUCUGCAGCCCGUCGAGGAGGACGAGACGACGUUAGCUGCGCAGCAAGCCACUGAACAACAAACCAUCGGCACUUCUCCGCAGCGGAAUGCAGAGGAAGCGAAGCCUGCGAGUCGGCCUGGAAGCGCGAAUGCCGCGAGCGGGGAGGAAGGUAAAGCGCGACCUGGGUCAAACGCGUCGUCUCGGAGUUCUCGUGGGGUGCGGAAAGCCAAGACGUCCCCGGCCGAGCUGUUGACCGGCGCUGGAGAAGGUGGUGCUUCAAAGUCGGGACUCUUUGACGAGCCGGCGGAUGAUGAUGUUGCCAUGCAGACCAUUACCGAAGAGCAGACGGACCCGAGCAAAGCCAGCGGUGCGGCGGCAGCGGGACCCACGCUAUUGCAGUCGGACGGCGCGGCGGCGCCCGGCGCAGACGAGAAAGACCCCGCAGCGGACGACGCGCCAAAGCAGGCCGUUGCUGCGCAGCCGAAGCGAGCUGCGGCCGGAAAGAAGGGCAAGGGCGGUUUGUCCAAGAAGGAGCAGCAGGCCCUCGCCGAGGAGCGGAAGCGCGAAGCGGAACGGAAGAAACAAGAGGAGCUGCGGCAGCUUCGCAUGCAGGAGAUGGAGAAAGAGACGCGUGAGGCCGAUGUUUUGCUUUUGGCGACGCAAGCGCUAUACCUGCUGAUUCGCGAGAACCCACACACGCUCCGCCGCCUUUGUCGCAGCGAGGUGUGGGAACACGGCACGAGCGGCGACCACGAGGACGGCGACAACAAGAAGGACGACAUCGGCGGCGUUCCGGUUGGACUCGGUGGUCCGUCCUCCUCGGGGCCAGCCGCGGGAGGCGGUCCAGGAGGAGCUCCUUCGGGAGCCGAAGCGGGCAAUGCGAAGACCGCCGGGGAGCAGAAAAAGAAGAAAAAGAAGGCGGCGGAGCCGGAACCGGAGGCGGUCGACUGGAGAACCUUGUCUCCCACCGAGCUGUUCGAGCGCGCGAAGCAAAAGAAGUUGAGUCAGAUCACACAGAUAGACGACAUCCAGAAGAGCGCCAUCGCCACGUUCGCGAAACUGCUGCGGGGUCGGUACGCGCAGGACCGGGUCGACAUCAUCAUCCUGCUGCUGCGCGUGAUCAAGAUGUGCGUUGAGUACUGGCGCAAGGACGCGGAGGUGGGCCCCUGGCUCGAACUUCUCAGCCCGAUUCAGGAGGCGUUGUCCUGGUUCUGCGACAACAUGGCGGUGCAGAUCGAGGGCGCCCAGGUGCUGAGCGGGAUCAUCGGGAUGUCCCGGCAAAAAAACGACCACCGGGAGUUCCUGGGGCUGCGGGUGCCCGUGCUCCGCAACGUGACGGACCGCAUCAAGGAGGGGAUCGAGAACACCAAAACCAUCCUGGAGGUGCAGCAGCGCAUGGGCUCGGGCGAGAUGUCCGAGGUGCUCCAGUGCUUUUCGCCGCGCCUGCUGCACACGGCCCAGAAGGCGAAGGACGCCUGCGACCAAGUAAUGAUCGAGGCACUGGAGGAGAAGAAGCGGUUCGACGAGAAGUUGCGCAUUCAAAUGGAGAAGGCCGAAGCGAAACGGCUGAAGGAGGAGGCCGAGCGCGAAGCGGAGGAGGCCGAGCGCGCCGCCGCCGAAGAAGCCAAGCAGAAGAAGAAGAAGCCGCAGCCUGCGGACGGCGAGGGAGGUGCAGCCCCCGAGGGCGGCGCGGAGGGAGGUGCGGCCGGCGAACCGGGCGCUGCGGGCGAAGGAGAUCACGGGGCGGACGGCGCGGGAGCCGCGGCUGGUGACAGCCCCGCCGCAGCAGGAGCAGACCCAGCGCAGCAACCGCCCGGCGAACAACAAGACACAUCGGCACCAGCUGCACCGGAACUUCAACAGGCCGAACCCGGUCCGGAGGCGCCCUUCGAGGGGCCGGCGGUCGGCGAAGACGGGGCGGAGCCGGCGGAGCUCGACGAGGACGGCAACCCGAUCGUGAGCGAAGAGCUGAACGCUAACGCCGCGUACGACCGGUUGGAUCCGGUGACGCAGGCCAAGAUGGCGCUGUACAACGCCGGGGCCUUCCACGGGAAGCUCGGCGACAAGGACCUGGUCGGGCCCACGCAGUACGGGCUUUUCGAGCCGAGCAUCGUGAAGUCGCUGAAGGCCCUGACCGAGCUGGCGGGCAGCGACCCGCUGAUGCGGCCGAAGAAGCAGACGGCGAAGUCGCUGAAGGUGAAGGUGUACUACCGCGCGGGGGAGAACGAGGAGGUGGCGAACUUUUUGAACAUGUUCGCGGGCGAGGGCAACCGGGUCCGGUGCCAGAAACUGUUCGCCCAGGCGGUGAACUCGCAGGGCUACGAGCUCCCCUUCCACGGCCUGGAACUCGGCCUCAAGGGGGUCCAGUACACGCCAGAACAGCGGGAACUGCACGACGGGUCGGAGGCCGGCAGCAGUUUCUUCUCCGACGACGGCGAGGGCCGGGGCGCGCUGAAGCGGGCCAAGAAUUACGAGGCGAUGAUGGCCCAGAUGGAGAAGCGCGUCGCUGCGGGCGAGGCCGCCGCAAGGAAAGAGCAGCUGGUGGGCGCGACCAUCGACGAUCUGGAUAACCUCGAUGAGCAGCUGGAGGCCUCGGCCGAGAUUCGAGCCCGGUUGAACUCGCGAGAAGGGGCCAGUUUGAAAAAACAUAGGAAAUCGCGCGGCAAUGAGGGCGUUGCAGAGGUGGAAGAAGACGAGGGGGAAUAAGAAUAGAAAAUUUCAUUUUCAUGUUCCCUAUUUCCUCGGCGUUGGCUCGAGCUCGAAUAGGAAUCAUAGCGAUGGUGCUCGUGGUCGUGCUGUCCACGACGACUUUUUCUCAUGUUCUCGCUCGACGUCCACAUUCAACUGCUAUCUUUACCAAGAAACAGUAAUUUUUUCGACACUUCUGAUUAUGUACAAUUUUAACCGCGUUUGCGUUUCCCCUAGAUACUCAUUCGUUCCCAGCAUCAUUUCGAUUUCACAGGGACCCCGCACAUAUCAUGGCAAAUUUUGCAUACAUCACAGUUGGAGUUUCUUCAUUCAUUGGGUACUAGAUGAGGCACUAGUACCUGGGGUACUGCCAAGUGCUUGAUGCUACUACAAAAUUUCGAAAUAAUAUUUAAAAUACAUCACAGAAGCGCACGGAGAUUCUUUGCACCUGUACUUUACUUAUUGGAAAGUUUCUUGAAGCCAUUCGAAAAACUACUAAGUACCCGUGAAGGACGAGCAGGCUCCACUGCGCUCGCGUAGC